GUUGUAAUUUGUUCGUACAUAUACAGUUGUCACGAUGUUAGUUCUUGCUGUUGGUUUCCCCAAAACGGGAACAAAAUCUCUUGGAGUUGCUUUAGCGAAGCUUGGCUAUAAGACGUACGACUACGACAAAACUUUGUACUAUCUUGGAAAGGAAUGGAUGAAAAUUGUCGAACAUGGUGGAACAAAAGAUGAUUUUUAUAAGAUGUACAAGGACGUGGAUGCGAGUGUUGAUGGACCAACGUCGCAUUUUUGGCACGAGAUACUGGAAGCCUUCCCUGAUACAAAGAUUAUAUUUAUGGUGAAAGACAGCGAAGAAAAUUGGUGGAAAAGUUUUGAAAAAACAUGCAAGAGAAUGCAACGGAAUUAUUUAUUCCGUCUAUUCACAUUCUUGUCUCCAACGGCGAAUGCAUUCCGUCAUCAGCUUCAGUGUGUAUCUCGUGUGACACUUGGAACUCAGAAUGAAUCGUUUUUCAAAGUAUUUGCAGAUGUCAAUCCAACUAUAGCUAAACAGCGAUACCGAAACCACAACGCUAAUGUACUCAUGAACGCUCCGAAAGAUCAACUUCUUGAGUUUCAUCCUCGAGAAGGUUGGGAGAAAUUGUGCAAAUUUCUCAACAAACCGAUACCAGAUGUCGCAUUCCCACACAAAAACAAGAAUGGUGAAGCUUUGGAAGAUUUUAUGGAAGAAAGUCCUGUUUUUCGAAGAAUUAAAAUGGAGGUCAAAAUCACAACUUCACUCAUAUUUGUUCUGAUAUCUCUCGUGGCGUAUUAUGUGUUCACUUUAUUAUAAUCAUUCACAGUGAAGUUGCAAAUCGUUGCAAAUAAUUAUGUUUCUCUUCAUUUUAUUAUACAUGAUUUGAAUGUUUUUUAAACGGAAUUUACUUUAUCAUGUAGCCUUACAUUUUUCUGCGAACUGAGUUAGUACCAAUCAAUAAAUAUUAUUGUUCGUUCGUGCAAACACCUGCUAAAAAUUUGCCGUAUGUUGAAAUAUCUGACUCUUCUACCACAUAACAAGACAAAUAAAGGAUCAAUAAUGUUUUGUGGUUAUAGUCGUCAUAUAAAAUCAGAACCGUUGCUGAUUAUUUCAUUUUUAAUAGGCCAGCUAAUUGGAUGUUUGGAAAUUU